UUUAUUAUUCGCGAUAGAAAAUAACACGUCGCCCCACCUGACGGCAACAACUUGAACAUUUCCGAGCGGUUUGUUUUGAUGAUAUAACCAAUAAGCACAAACAAAAAACAAAUGUGAACCAAUAAAAACAAAGUAAAUAGGCAUCUUUGACAGAUUUCAAGAACUCAGUGUAUUUCCAUAGAUUGACAAUUCAUCAAGAAUACAUGAAUGCAUAACACUUGAGUGGGAAAAACAUGCCAUUACUGCUGUUUGAUUCAAAGGCCAUAGUCCUUAGAGUCAGUUGCUGAAAUCGUAAGCAUAAGCCCUUUCCUUGUCUGGCUGUUGCCGUCAUAAAUAAUAAAUGUCAUGUCAAAAUGUCAUAACACUUUGAAAAAGUGCAGAAAUUUUGAAAUAAAAAUUAUUGCAAAAGCAAAAAUGGAAGUGUUCAACAAGGUCCUCUCACAAGUUAGUAGCUCUGUAAGUAGCACAGUUUCACAGCUCUCUGGGGCUCUACCUGGGAAUCCGGUAACUAGAGAAUUCGAAUCUUCUCUUCAUGUAGCAUCAGCAGGUCCAGGUUUGCUAUGGAAAGUGUACAAAGGCAUGAAACGCUCUACAAAACAAGAAGCUUCAAUAUUUGUAUUUGAAAAAAGGCAGCUAGAAAGGUACAACAAAAGCGACAGAGAGUAUAUUCUAGAAGUUCUACGUCGUGGUGUGGUACAGCUCACCAAAAUCCGCCAUCCUAAGAUACUCACUGUCCAACAUGCCCUAGAAGAAAGUAGAGAUAGUCUAGCAUUUGCUGCUGAGCCUAUUUUUGCUAGCUUGGCUAAUGUCUUGGGUCAAACAAUGAAUAUGCCCCAACCUGCCAAUAUGUCAGAGUACAAGCUGUUUGAUAUUGAAAUCAAGUAUGGUUUGCUACAAAUUGGUGAGGGUUUAGCCUUCCUGCACAAUGAUGUUAAAUUGUUGCAUAAAAAUAUAAGCCCAGAAAGUAUCAUUAUAAAUGCCCAAGGGGCUUGGAAGAUAUUUGGACUGGAUUUCUGUGUGCACAACACCAGCCCAGGGAAUGCACCCCCAAAUUAUCCUUUUGAAGAAUACAGUCCUACUAUUCCUCAUGUUUGUCAGCCCAAUUUGGACUAUUUAUCUCCUGAAUGUAUAACAAUUUUGAAACAUUCCACUGCUAGUGAUAUGUUCUCUUUGGGCAUGCUGACUUAUUCAUUAUACUCACCAGAAAAAAGUUGUCUCAGACCUGUGAGGGAUUUGCAGCAGUUCAAAACAAGGGUGCAAGAACUGCAAAGGUUGAAUUCUGGGAAAUUCCAUUGCAUUCCAGAGGAACUGAGGGAGUUUGUAAAGCUACUCUUGAAUGUUACUCCAGAAGUAAGACCAGAUGCACAUCAGUUCUUAAAGAUACCAUUUUUUGAUGAUGUUGGCAUCAAAACUCUGACAUAUUUAGAUUCACUUCUGCAAUGGGACAAUUUGCAGAAGUCACAAUUUUACAAGGGGCUGCCAGAAGCUUUGACAAAGCUGCCUCAUAGAGUUAAAGUACAGAGAGUGCUGGCAUGUCUCAUACAUGAUUUGGGGCAACCAGCCAUGGUGCCCUUCAUUUUACCAAGUAUUUUUGACAUUGCACAGGAAUGUACAAAGGAAGAGUUUUGCACCUAUGUCUUGCCUCAUAUUAAGCCCCUUAUGAGGCUCAUGGAACCAAUUCAGAUCCUCCUCAUCAUGCUACAAAGAAUGGAACUCCUCCUGAACCUCACCCCUGCCGCGGACAUCCAACAACACGUCCUCCCAAUGCUCUACAGGGGCCUCGACUCCGACACCCCCCAAAUCCACGAACUCUGCCUCUCCGUCUUGCCCACUUUCGCGGGACUGCUGGACCACUCCAACGUCAAAAACAGCCUCCUGCCCCGCAUCAAAAAACUCUGCCUCAACACCUCCACCCUCUCCGUGAGGGUGAAUUGCCUCCUCUGUGUCGGGCGCCUCUUAGAACACCUCGACAAGUGGCUGGUACUAGACGAAGUACUACCAUUUUUGCCUCAGAUCCCUUCCAGAGAGCCAGCGGUGUUGAUGGGCAUCCUGGGCAUCUACAAGCUGUCUUUGAAUCAUAAGAAACUCGGGAUCACCAAGGAGAUCAUAGCGUCGCGAGUACUGCCUUUCUUGAUCCCUCUGUGCAUCGAGAACGGUCUCACUAUAUCCCAGUUCAACGCGUUGACUUCGCUGGUGAAGGAGAUGUUCGCUAUCGUGGAAACGGAACACAGAACGAAGCUGGAACAGCUCAAUUCCGUGAAGGACGAGCAAAAAGUCUUGUCGAAUACCGCUCCGGUUAUCGCCCCCAAAAUUAAACCUCAGGAAUUGGACAGCGCGUUUUCCGGCCUAGGUCUGGACAGUUUUGUGCCUGGUAUGCAGAAAAAGGCGCCCGAGCAGGGACCGAUCGCCGAUCAACAGGUUAGGGAACCUGUCAACGCAACAGGUGCUGGCUUAUUGGACGACUGGAUGACGCCUCAAAAAACCGAGAGCAGUAUCAACAAGCAGUUGCAGUGGACAAAUACCCCUACUGGUCCUGUCCAAAACACUUGGAGUUCCUCGAAAAACUUCGGUGCUUUUCAAGCCCAACCUAGCAUGACAACCUCCAGCAGCUUUGGGAGUUUCCACCACAACUCCACUCCCAAUCCUUGGACUAGUAGUAACAACAGAACUUUUAAUUCCAGUAGGAGUGACAGCUGUCAGAACUGGGGUGCUUUGGAUAAUCUUUUGCCUAGUAAUAGUAGUAAUGUGAAAGUUCCAAUGAACAAAAUGGGGGCUCAGAGUGUGCCUUUGAUUCCUAGUGGUGAAAGUAGCAAGAACAGCUCUGGCUUGUCAAAUGAUGAUAUCAUGGAUUUGCUGAGUUGAAUGGGAAGUUGUAUUUAGGACUCCACUUUUGGAUUUCAAUGAAGAUGGCUACCAUUAUGAAUUUCAAGGGGGUAAUUGAAUUUUGAUGAAAUUCCGUUUUCAGUUCAAUGUUAUACAGGGCGUGUCACUUAAAAAAUGCAUUCUUUAAAGCAUCCACCAAAGAAAUUAUGGAUUCAAUUACAACAAAGAAACUGGUAUUUUUGGGGAAAAUCUGUUCUAAAUGGCUGUAAAUUUUCUGAAAUCUGAUGCUGGAAAAUAUUGAUAAAAAAGUAACUUGUUUGAAAUCCCAUAAACUAGAUUCAUAUUUUGUCUUUAAAUUCAAAAGUGGUGCUUUCAAGGCUAAAUACUCUCUACUUGCUUGGAGAUUGAAAAAUGAGCACACAAUUUGUUAAUUUUGUCAAUGUGGUGGACAAGAAAACUGGAAAGAAAAUAGGAAAAUGCUUAAGAAAAAUCCAAAUUUCUAUCCUGUGUGAAUUAAUCAUUCCAUUAACAUUUAAUUUAUUGUUAAGGCUUUUUGCAAUUGAUUUUGCAGGUGCUACUUAAUUAUUUAUUGUUUUUAAUUAACUAAUUUAUGAAUUAUUUUCUAUUUUGAAAUGUGAUAUAUCAUUAAACAAAAUCUUUUUUUAAAUAGAUAAUGUGACAGAUUA